AAGUUAGGGAGCACGGAAAAACAUCACUGAUCUACUUCAACUUGCCAUUGCAUCGAAACUCAAACGGACGAACUAAGAUUGUGCACCUUCCGCUUUCUUCUCUUAGCAACUUUCGACUGUGUUCUCUACGCAUUUGCGGUUUUCUUCUUGCGACUCGCUAAUCCCCUUUCUUUAUUCCUAAACAUCCUAAUUAUGAGGCGACAAACUACAAACGAGUUAUAUUUAGCAAUGAUUAUCGAGUGCGUUCCUCGUCGAGAAAUGACUUUCACACGCCAUGCUCGCUACCGUUACAAAAUUGGUAAUGAGCAUCGCCGUACGUAAACGUUGCAAUCACGAACACGCGUCUGAUGAUUUUCUUCUGCAAACUGCAGAAACUGUUCGCGAGUAUUGUUGCGUGGCACGCGAGCCUCCAACGUCGUCCGUGAAUAUUUGGGUACCGUAAUCUAAUAAAAUCGAAUUCGCGAACAGCAACGCCAAGCGUGAUGUCAACGCUGAUCACUUCCGGGCUAAUAAUCGGAGGGCGGGGUUGAAGCGUGUGGCCUGCUCGAGAAUGUACAGACGCGUAGUUUGUAUAGUAGCGAGCGAUCGUCAGUGACCAGAUAGUAAAUAACUUUUGGUUAAAUAAAGUUACGAAUAAAGAAAUGAUUUAUUACUUCCUUUAAGAUAGGAUAAGCUAGAUAGACUUCAUGUUUCAUACUGUUCCUUUAGCAUGUAAUAGUACGGGUUUGGAAAAAUCUAUCUGAAGGUUAGGAACUUCUUAUUCAUGCAGGAAUGGCCGUGCAUUGUUUAUUACCAUAGUUGUAAGGGCAUGUCUCAGUAUGACAAUGACCUCUGAUUUCGGAACAGUAAGCGUUCUACCAGAAAUUCACAUUCGCAGAUGCAGACUGAUUUCGCACGAUGUUUCUUUCCAGCAUAAAAUGACGUCGACCUUCUCUAGAAAUCUUUUCUCCGUUACGAUCAUCGCUACAUAUGUAAUAUCUAACGCUGGCUAAAAGUCAUUCGUGCAUUUCCAACGUUUUCCAAGAGAUAUAUAUACGUAGUUGCCAUUACUCGUUGAAAUAGCAAAAAUACAUCCAAUUGUUUCACAAGCUUCUAAAUUUUCCUCUUCCAAUCUUCUAGUGCGAAAUGGAGUCGGGCGAUGGUCGAUCAAUCGGUGCAGGUGAACGGCGAUGGUCAAGGUCAUUGGAAACUUAAAGGAGGCGCGGCAGUUCCCCGUACGAAUGACCUACUGACAGAUUUGGACGGCCGCUCCGGCGUGUGACGCGUGCUUCCGCACGCGCGUGUUGACCCAUGCACGCAUGCACGAUCGGGAAGACCGUUAUAGGGCCACAUACGAGUUCGAGGCGAAUGUGGCGCGGCUGUCUUCGCGUUCGACAAAUCCGCGGGCGAGUAUCGCGAUCGUUGCACGCGAUAGCAGUUAACCAUUCGCUGCAUUUAAUAACAAUAAUCCAGUCAAUACAUUGAAACAGUUGGGCCUGCGAUCAGUGCGAGAUAUAGCCGACACGCAGCUUGCACUCGCUGUAACUCGACCGUUACGUUACAACCGACAGGGAACGGAGUAUUAACAUAACGGCAUGCGCUAUGUGUACUCCCGAUGUUCGAUAUACCAUGGGUUGGUUCGAAUGGCGUUGAAUUAAUCGAUACGCGAAUCGAUAAUCGAGAGGGUUGCGUUUGUUGUUGAUGUAGAUCGAAGUUAGAGGAAGAGCGAACAGAGUUUUGGAGUAAUCGUAAUUUGGAGCGAGUAGGAAAAAAGAACAGAGUCUGAAGCAAUUAGAAGUUGGAAUGAAAAGUAAACGUAGAUUCGAGUGAAUCGAUAAGAACGAUAGAAUGUGAAAUAAGAAGCGUCAAGGUGAAUUCUGUAUUCAUUUCACGUAUAGAGAGUAAGAUAGUGAAAUCUCUGUUUGCGACAGAUAUUCAAUUCUAUUUCGAACGGAGAAUGUCAGGUUAUCUAGAAAUUCGCUUAACUUCGGUAUGUAAUAAAUCGAACAACUCGGCAAAAAAUUGGUAUUUAAGAUAAAUAAUAAGAUAUAAUAAUAAGAUUAAGACAAAGAUAAGGUAAAUUUGAUAUUUGAUAAGCAGGGUUUGUUGUUACGUGCACGUUUGCUUCGAUAUUAAUUCUCAAGAAUUUGUAAGAGAAUCUAAGGAAUCUGAAAAGCAUUUAACCUUAACGCAACGGUUCAAGAGGUCUUUCGUUUCGUUUUUAAGGAAACGAUUAUGGAAGAUUGAUGCGCGCAUGUAAAAGCUGCAUGGAGGAAUCUGAUCGAUACAGAGCAAAUGAUGGAGCACUUUCUAAAACCGGUUGACUUUUUCUCUUUUAUAAUACUUACAUUUUUCGAACUUUUUCUUACAAAAUUGGAUUAGCAGAGUUCGCUGCAGGUCCGAUAAGCAGACGUACAACAACGUAACGUACAAUUAGUCUAAAAUAUGGUCACAACAACAAUAUAAUUUUCUCUUGAGUUAUUUCGAAGUGGAACUUGCUAACACGUCGAUGCUCUACCUCUUUCAUUUCUUUCAAAAGUUAUUGAAUUAUUCAUCAAGACUUGUCAAAACUACGAAGCAGUUCAUUAAUAAUUUCUUAAGACGAUUUCUAGAAGGUUAAUAACCCGUUUCAAUUCCCAAUUCCACGGACGCGAGUAUCUAUGAAAUUUAUUUAAUCUUGAAUAGCAUUUAAGAUUUAAAUGGACAAUAAAAAUUACUUUGAAUAACGAGAAGCGUUUAAACAAAAUUUAACUGAUUUAGUCUAUCGUUCUCUCUCUCUCUUACAACAAAAUACAAACAUAGACAAACGUAGUCCCGUCGCGUGGAUCCUUUCUCUCCGCUUGAUAUCUUCAAACGAUUAAAUCGAUAAGAAAUCUAACCCAAACCAUUACAAUCUCCGGAUGACAGCCGUAGGCGUGAAGUUCUUGAAAACAAAAAAAGGGAACGAUGUAUUUUAUCGUGACCCUGUUCUGAAACGAAAACUCUUUUACCGGUUAGGUGUACCUGUGCCAUCGAACCAGCUCACGAUAAUGAUUAAGAAAUCGAACCGAUGCCUCCAGCUUCUUAAUGAAUUAUAGUCGUAAGGUAAAUAGUAGCCCUUAACGAGUUAAUGACAUUUCCAUAUUUCAUUCGUUUCUUAGAUAUCUUUUGUCGUAUACCCUUGUCUAAUUAUCACGCCAAGACUUUAAACACUCCGAUAUCGAUCUAACCUAAACCUCUCCGUUCUAUUAUGUUAAACGCAUCUUGCUUUCUAGAUACAAUCUACACGAUCGCAUCUAUUUUCUGAGAUUAAAAUUCUUGCCACGCGUCCAAUCGAAUUUUCCUUGGCUCCAAGUGAAACACUCGAGUACGAUCAUCGAUUUCGAGGAAUAACCGAACCGUCCGUGAAUUCGGGACGCGGCCACAGUGAAAUCGUCCGUAAAAGUGUGCUCGGUGUAUUCGUGUCCAGGCUGUUUGGGCUUACACACGAGAUACCCUUUUCUCCUGAUUAACGUCAUUAACGUUUAUGAUUUUUUCCACGUUCGUAUCGAACAACGCUCUCUCGAGUACUACUUCAAACGAGCGCGCGAUGAAAACGCUGGCUUCUGGAUGCAAGAUGUUUGCGAUUUUUCUUUGCGCGAUCUUUUCGACAGGAAGUAAAAUAAAGUCGAAACCGGAUUAGCGGCCUACUUGUAUCUGAAAAUACGCGUGUUAAUAUUUAUGUCGAUGGUGCAACGACACUGGAGACACACGAGUUGAAUACCGGUGAUUUUCCACGACGAGCUUUCCGCGCAAGCUUUGGUGUCAUGCAUUUAUCGAAUCCGAUUAGAUUUCUCCUUGCAUUCGACGUCGCGUCUCUGACAAGCAUAAUAGUUACUCUUGUGUUGAUCGCACCACCUUUUAUCUAUCGAAAUAUUUUUAAUUAUUCGUCAUAGUUCGGUGAUCCGUUCACGAGAAUGAACGAACGAAUUGAUUACAAACUGACAGAUAUGAUAACGAUAAAAGUGAAGUAUUCUAAUCCUUGUUAUUACACAGUGAUAAACAGAUAAAUAGGGAAACUCCUUAACCAAAUUUAACUGAACUUAGUUUUUAAUACUAUUUUUACAGUGCGUCGAGGAACAAGAAAAGUAUUUUUUAAUUCUAUAUUUCAGAAACAAAAAAAAAAAAAAAAGAAGGAAUAAAACUUUUCACGAUACAAUUAGUCGAAUUUACGAAUAGACAUUUCUCUAUUAAUAUGUUUGCUAACAAGUAAAACUCAGCCAUUUGUGACGCUAUUAUGAUUUGCAUAAAAUAAGUAAUAAAACGCUAUCGUUAUAAUAAGAUUGCGGAUUUCUAUGUAUUUGUGGGUGAUAAUAUUUAAGGACAUAGGAUAAUAUAUAAUAAAAUAUACAAAGUACAGUACUUGCUAAAUUUUUAAUAGGCGAAACACAUUUCUCCCUAGACCCUUUAGUUAUUUUCAUAAAAACAGCAUAACUAUCCGUAGUUUGGUUACAACAUUAUGUCGCAUCAUUACAAAACUGGAGUCAAAAAUUCGAAUUGAAAUCAGAAUUAAUACGAUUUCUGGACCAGAUCGAAAAAAAAAAGGUAAAGAAUGGUUCAGAUGGAGCGUCAUCAGCCGAAAUUCCAACCGGUGAAAUCGGUCCGGCGGUCGUUAGACCCGCGUCGAAUUCGAUUGGAUUUGAAUCAGAGGAGAACGACGACCGUCUACGUGCCAGAGGAAAAGAGACGAAGCGUUUGUGGCGGGAGCGCAACCAACGAAUGAACGAACGUGGAAGAGAGGAAGGUAGAAAGGAACGGACAGAGGGACGGACAGACGGAUGGCCGGGUAACCCAGAUCGGAUCAGCCGAGGCGAUGCUACGGAGGCUCGACAGUAGUAUCGAGUCGAUGGUCGCGCACCAUUCCGACGUCUUCGUCGUUCCAUUCACCAAGGUCUUUACAGUGUUCGAUUCUAAACAAAAUAUCUAAACCCACACGUUCUCCAAAAAUUCUUCGAUAUUUCUACAAGACGAUUGCAAAGUUGGUUGCACACUUUCAUGUCAUUUACGUGUUAUAACUGUGAGAAUAGACAGUCUCGUGUAUCUGGUGUCACUUCAAACGAACGAUCAUUUUGGGAACCAAGAAGUCAGAGGACCGUGAAUUCUCGACUAUCAAUUAAGCUCCUUGAUUUCCGAGAAGAACUCGUUCACGGAGACAUCGAGCGAACGUCGUGGACCGAGAUGCAGUUAUCUUUCGGCAAUAAGAGAAGCUAGUCAAGAGAGAAAGAGAGAGAGAGUUGGUGAGAGAGAGAGAUAGAAAGAGAGAUAGAGAAAGAGAGAAUCGUGCGAGACAGGAUCCAAGUUGGGGGAACAUGGGUGGAUCGAGAGACGGCGUCUUGCUCAUCUUGGCGGUCGCGUGGCUCCGAUUGACGGUCGGGGUCGAGGACCACGUGGCGGCCUUGAACGAGACCGACCAUCCAGUUCAAGUGGAUUCUAUCGAAAACGAGGUAUCGUUCAGUAGUGACGAGUUGGAUCAGCAUCCGCACAUGAUGCCCGGUAAACCUUCGAAACUCGACACGAACAUUAAUCAGAUGAUACAGACGGACGAUAGGUCACAGUAUCAGAUCGAGGCGACGCGAAUGGAGAACGUUACAGCGUUUCCGUUGGAAUCGAUGGGUUGCCAGGACAACAAGACGACGCCUUGCGCGCGAAAGGAUCUGUCCGAUCUGUUCGACAGGUUGUCCAGGAUCGACACGUACAACGUGACCGACUCGGUGCAGAUCAUAAGAAAUCGGGACGUCAUCGGCAGGAAAGACGAAAAAGGUAACGACCGGCCGGACGCAAGCCUACUCGAUAAAGUUCGCCGGUUCGCAAGAGAACACGUAGUAAAGAUACGUCUGAGCCAGGACUUAAUACCCGGUAGAAAAGCUAGAACCUUCUUCAACGCAUUUGGCCUGAAGAAGCUGCUGCUACCUCUGAUCUUUGGUGUACAGAUCAUUAAGAGUGUCCUACUGGCGCUUUUCCUGCCCAGUAUCAUCGGAAGUAUCGGUAAUAUCGUCGGUAAAGGAGUUUCAUCGUUUGCGCAAUCAUCGCAUACCACGGCGCAGCCAGAAGAAAAUUUCGAGUUCAAGGAUAAUUCCGAUUUGUACAGCGAUGACUACCUGACGCGACAGCCGGUAGGAACAUUACCAGCCUCUGUAAUGUACGAUGAAAGUAUGAUGCAGUCUCAGAAGAGUCCAGAAAUCGCAUCGAGAUAUUCCUUCGUCGAUCCUAGAAUAACUCACGCCAAUGCUGUUGCUGAUCGUUAUUACACUCGCCACGUUGCUGCUCAUGGACUUUCUAAGAAGCAAGACUUUAAGGUGUUCCACGAAAUUCCAACGAGUUCACUGCUGCUAACUAACUACGACCCAUUCUACUCACCUCUGUUAUCUCGCCUGGAUGCCGUGUUCUCUCGUCUGGGCCACACGACGGAGGGUUGCAGAGAAUACGCCGUUUGUGCGAUGUACCGAAGCCCCGCCAGGUACGCACCGUAUUCGAAUCUGGUCUCAGCACAGCUGUCCAGAGAGCUGAACGAAUUAAGAAGACCCAGUAGCGAUAAUCCCGAUGUCCUGAGGUUCUUCCGGUACAUGAAGGCCGCGAAAGACGGACAAGAUGGCGUGAAAUGCGAGGAUGCGUACGCGAGUUGCGCAAUUGCACGAGAGGAUCAAACUCUCAGGCAAAAUCAGGCGAUGUUGGCUACCUACCAGGACAUCGACAAGCUCGUCCACGCGAGGAAGUUAUAAGAAAGAAGAUAGAACAGCGAGGAUUCAAUCCUGGGACUGAACGACCGAUUGAAACCAAAUCGUGUUUUUAUUCGGUUACCUGUGAUUCGUUGAUCGUCGUUGGUUGUACUUUGGUAUACAGGUAUCGAGCACUUUGAGCGAAUUUCUGUGACGAUUAUAAGUUGCAGGGUACAGUUCUUGAAAAUAGUCUGAAUAGUAGGUAUAAUAGUAAUUUAGGAAAUCGGUGAAUUUACCUCAACUAUGAAUUUUUAUUAUUUGGCUCCAUGGUACGAUCAUUUAUUCAUACGACCACCGAGUACGUAAUUUGGAUAUUUAAUAACUCAUUAAAUUAUAUUAAAUUUUAAAAGUUUUAAAUUGUAAAAAGUUUCGAUUAAUUUAAAUGGAAUCUGAAUAUCGAAACUUUUGAUAUUUAUGGGUUUAACAAAAGAGUAGUUUGGAGAGCGCUUCCUAUGCGGACGUUGAGAUCUCCGCGAGGUCGCUGUAGCGCCUAAUUACACACGGCCUUCUUACAUAUAUUUUCAGGUUCCUUGCUGUUCAGAAUAUUUAAAAGAUCACUCACCAAGGCUCAAAGAUCGCUAUCUCUGUACCUGUUUAUCUCUGUACACGACGACAUAUAUUGUUACUCGGGCAAUUACGUACUCAAUAGUCCAAACAAGAUCAAAGAUGCUUAAUACGAAACAAUUUCACGCAAUUAAUCGGUCAGAAGGCUGACAACGAAGGAAACAAAUGGCAAUCAUUAGGUCGACCGUGAUAACGGUACAUGAUAGCUGGAUCGCUGUAUAUCAUUACCGGUAUUCGAAUGUUACGCUCUUACGUAAUAGUCGACUUACCAUGGUUAGAAGUAGGUCCGACAAAUAAUACGCGAUUAGAGACACGCACGAUUUACCAAGAAAGAAUUUUAUGGCCGUGUAUUCGUGGAAUUCGAUGUUUCGAACUGCCAGGUUCGAAUUUCCAUAUAGUGAUGCUCGAUUAUAUUUAGUCGAGUAAUCAUGGAAAAUCGUGGUGUCGCGACGUCGACGACGCCUCGAUUUUCCACCAAUGAAACGCAGUCAUUCGCGAUUUAGCGGUUUAAUUUCAAUAACAUAUCGAAUGAUUGUACGACGCGGAACUUAAGACCACGACGUUUCUUUAAUUCCUAUUUAAUUCCAAUGUGCGUCGGUCCACGCUCCGCGGACUUAGAUAUUUAUUUAUUAGCCACGAGGAAUCGUGGUUCUUAAUUUAUUAAUUAAUAGUGCGAGGCGUAUGAACGCUCACGGACCAUUACUGUCUAUUUAUUUAUUCGAUAAGAGACUCGAUCCGACGCGGGUCAACGCAAUCAAUUCUUGUACAGUGCGUGAAUAAAACGCUGUGAAUGCGCUACGAUCUUUUCUUUCUCUUCUAGAAAUUGUUCUAUUUACUAUAAGCAAGAGAGUUACAUAAAUUAAACGUUCUACGUGCGCAAUUGAUAACCUAAAAAAUUAUGUGUCUUGGUGAAAUUUUAAUUGCCGCAGAAGCUCGAGGAAGCUGUUACCUGUAGAAUGGUUCCAAGAAAGGAUGAUCAAACAGAAGACACAAACACACGUACUAUGUACGCGUGCGCUGGACACGAGAGAAAACGAAAGGGGCAGAGCGAUGACGCACGCUCGAUCAUGGAUUACGAAGGAAAGUCCAACGACUCUGUUUCGUUCGUCGCUCUUGCUCGUCCCUCUUUGUUCAAAACCGCCCGGUUCCGGUCCUAUAUCCGGGGACCACUUUCACUUUUGAUUUUUUUUACGUCUUUUUUUCCCUCUGCUCCCGCGUCAACCCACAUCCUUCCCCUUUCACUGUACCCUCUAUGAACGCUCGUUCAUAUAAAUGAAGUGAUCAGACGCGAGCGGAUGCAUCGCAUUGCUCUAAGUUCAUCCUCCGGUGUUAUUAGCUGUAAUCUCGUUCUAUCCUGCAUCUCUGUCGAAAAGGUGAGAGUCGCGCUCGCGACUGUAAUUUGUGUAGUCUCUUCCAGAAUGAUAUUAAUUUGACAGUGUAAUUUUGUUGUUGUGGUUGAAGCAUGGCCAUUGCGGUAACAUCGUGAUAAGAUUAAUAUUUUAGUACCGGUUUAGUAAACGAAAAGUGGUUUGGUU